AUGGCGGUAGAAACAUCAACUACCACAACGGCGACGCCGGGGUUGGGCAAUGUCAAGUACAACAAGGACUCGGUGAAGUCUACCUGGCGAACUUGGGAUCCGAGUCGCUAUCAGCUCGCCCAUCGACUCCUGAAGGAUGCUGAUAUCUUCCACAACGACCUCGCGCGGCCGGUCCCCGUGCACCCAAAGACGGCCAAGGUGCCGUACCUUCCGCAAAGCGAAAUGCAUCGCUGGAUCAUCACACACGGCGCGUGGCCUCUCAUCCUUCACCAAGUUUUCGUCUCUGUGGUGGGGUGGAAUAUCGGCCACGUCGGGUCGUUUGUAUUUUACUACGGCUGCCAGCGACUGUUCAUGACGCAGCUGAUGCGGAUGCUCCGUGAAAUGGGCCACACGUAUGGACACCUCGACGGAGAUGUACACGAACGGGACGGCGUGCCAGAUAAUGGAGUAGGUAAGACGCUCACGUCAGUGUUGUUUGCGGGCAUCGGCCGCGCGCUGCUCUUCGACAUCUUGACGUGGGACGACGCCGUUGCGCCGAUCGACUCACGCUGGGCGUGGAUGCCGCUCGUCAUUGGCGUGUACGGCAUCAUCUUGGACUUUUGGUUCUACUGGUACCACCGCCUCAUGCACGAGGUAGGUUCGUUGUGGAAGUACCACCGCACGCACCACCUCACUAAGCACCCGAAUCCGCUCCUCACGCUCUACGCCGACGGCGUCCAGGAGGUCGGCGACAUCAUCGUCAUGCCGCUCCUCACCUUCUACACUAUGAAGCUCAUGGGCGUGUCGCUCAACUUCUACGAAUGGAACGUGUGCAACGUCUACCUUAACUUUGCCGAGGCAACGGGUCACAGCGGCCUGCGGCUGCUAGGAUACGUGCCGAAUCCGCUGACACCGGUGCUGAAGCAACUUGGCGCGGAGCUCUCGAUUGAGGAUCACGACUUACAUCACCGACGUGGGUGGAAGGGUAGCUUCAACUACGGGAAGCAGACAAGGUUGUGGGAUCGCGUGUUUGGCACGUGCACGGACAGGAUCGAAUGUCUGGACGAGAAUGUGGAUUGGAACCAUAAGGCUUCUAUUCCUUGGUUUUAG